AUGGAGUCCACUCCCCCGGAAACGCCGGCAACUACCGAAAUCCCGGUACAGGAGAAGCAGGUGGAGCUGAUUUGUCAGACGGAGAGUGAGAAAACUGUGAUAAAGGACAACCUGUGCCACUUGGCAGACAUCAGUACAGUAUCAGAAACGCUGGAUAAGCUAAGUCUACUAGAUUUGAAUGGACAAGGCAGCAGGAAGUACACAGCCCAGCUAGUGAAGCCCAUCAAAGGUUCAGUGAUGCCUGUGAAGAAGAAGCGAAAGCUCCCUGAUUCAGAUGAUCAUGAGCGCAAAUGUAAAAUUACAAGUUUCACCCGACCUCAGAUCCGUGGUGCAAGGCCGAUCAGCGAGAAGCCAUUUUCCAGUAAGAAGUGCCUGGCCUGGUUCCAUGAGUACGCUGGCCCCGACAAGGUGGUCGGUCCAGAGGCCAUGGAGAAGUUCUGUGAAGACAUUGGUGUGGAACCAGAGAAUAUUAUCAUGUUAGUUUUAGCCUGGCAUCUUGAGGCAGCAAAUAUGGGGUUCUUCACAAAAGAGGAGUGGCUCCAAGGAAUGACGUUAUUACAGUGUGACUGCACAGAGAGGUUACAGAGCAAACUGGAUUACCUGCGCAGUGAGCUCAACGACUCUGUAGUCUUCAAAAACAUCUACAGAUAUGCCUUUGACUUCGCCAGAGAUAAAGACCAGAGGAGUUUGGACAUGGACACAGCUAAAUCAAUGCUGGCUUUACUGCUGGGGAGAACAUGGCCCCUCUUCCCAGUCUUCCACCAGUUCCUGGAGCAGUCUAAGUACAAGGGCAUGAAUAAGGACCAGUGGUAUAACGUUCUGGAGUUCAGCAGGACCAUCAACACAGACCUCAGUAACUAUGAUGAAGAUGGAGCUUGGCCAGUGCUGCUAGACGAGUUUGUGGAAUGGCAGAAAGCUUGGUCAGCAUCAUAGCGGACAAUGUCUUAACCCCAAAAAGGAGAAAGAGGGAGAGAAAACAAGAACCACAAACACACAAACAGGAAAAACAGCGGUUUCAGAUCUCACCCACACACACACACAGACAUGGACAACAGAAUCAUCCCUGUGGACUCGGGGUACACUCACAUCCCAUCAGAGAUUGUCUCUGUGCACCGUCAGCCAACUGUUGUCAAGAGGCCUUUCUCUCACUGAGUAGACUUUUUAUAUUGUUAAUUUGGAGAAAAGAAACAUGGGGAAGUUCUUAAAGUGAGAAAACAAACAGACAAAAAAAAAGAACUGAGAGAAGAGCAGUGGAAUUUAUGUUUUCUUGAUAAUUAUUUUUCCCAUGUUGUGUCUUGUUUAUAGAUGUUUUCAAAGUAAUAAAAAGGAAAUGGAAAUGUGA